AGCCAUUUUGGCUCAAACCGUUUUAGCGCAGUCGAUCGCUCUUCUUGUGUGAGGUUCGUGAGGCUGUCACUGCACGAGCUUAGUAGUUCUAGCUGCCACUGGUCAGGCGCGAUGGGCGUCCCCGCUGCUGGAUCUUGAUUGUUGCCGUGAUAGUUGUCCACGCAGGAUGGGUUUCGGAGUUUACGUUUUGUGGGUCCUCUCUGCGCUGGUUAACACUCAGGUCCAGAAGGCUAGAGUCGGCGAACGGGCGAGUGAAAUGCAAGGCUGUCGUCACAGAGAUGCUCCUAGAUGACAACAGCUGCGCUCCUAUCGCGGUCAAUGAUCGUCGUGUGCUGCGCGCUCAAGCUGCAGGCGCAGCGCCCGGGACUUCCAGUAUCCCAGUCUAGCAGAAGCCUUUGCAAGCAGUGGAGCUGGACUGGGUGUUAACUAAGGAACCUGCCGAGAAUAGAGAGGAAGCCUUGAUUGAGACAUUUCAGGAAUCAUGUCGUUCAACAUCAGGCUGGUUGAAGCCAGGAAUGGUAAACAUCGUGACUCAUCGCCGGGCGCUGAGGCGUCUCUUGGCAUUCUGCUCCGUCUGUGAGGACUACAGUGGCCAAUCCUGGCAGUCGAAACUGAUGCAGCUCUCGGAUGCCAACGUCUUACCCGUUCUGCACAUUCUUAAGGUAGACCGUCCCCAUGGUCUGGGUACAGCGCUGAUCGUGACAUGUUCGUAUGAUGUUUGGAAAGAUAACAUGACAGUGCUGGACCGAGCUUCGAGAUGGCAUUCACCUCAGGGGGCGAUCCCGCUUCGCGCCAUUUUUUACGCACGGUUUUUCUCUGGGCGAUCUCAACUUGAUUGUGCAAUCUGAGGCAGACGCUGUGGAUCACAAGGGAAACAUCGUAGAGCUCAAAGCCAGGAUGACCUCCCGCGAGAAGCCGCUCGACAAAGGCAGAUUCUUCAGGGAAUCUGGGUUUGACACAUACUUCCAGAUGCUGUUCGGGGGCGCGUCCUUGCUCGUCCUAGGGUUGCACAGAGUCGUCGCUUGGGACACGAGCGAGGUCGACCCAUCUCAGAUAGAAGAACUCAGCAUUGACAACGUGAAGACCAACUUGCAACAACAGUCGGUGGCUGACGAGCUGUUGGGGCGUGCUGCUGAGAUCUUGAGAGCUGUGAGCGAAGCCUGUGCUCUUUCAUCGCAGUGCAACCGCUUUGACUUAGCACUUGAUCGUGAUUCCAAGUCACUUGUAGUAUCAACGACAGAGUAGCCGACUGAAUCCUUGGCUGGAACCGUGUGAUUUGCCAAUUCGGCACCAUGGGUCACCCCUUUCGGCGUCGACUCGCAGCGGCGCUUGCAGGAGGAGG